CCUGGUAUGCAGUGAACCAGCAUUGAAGUUUUUGAUUAAUAGGAUAGAUGAAGACCCCAUAGAUGCCCUGGUGGUGCAGUGGUCAAAUUUCACUGUGCUACUCAUCAGACCAAAACGGCAGCAGCCAUGAAGCUGCUGAACAAGGAGGAGCUGAAGAGAGCUGAGGAAUCGCUUAGACAUGACUUUCCUCAGGCACAACAGGCAUAUGGAUAUGUUUUUUUAAUGAAUCGAGUUCAAGCUGACCCUAUAGAUGUUCUGGUGGACCAAUGGCCAAAUUUUAAUGUGCUACUCACCAGACCACGACGGGAAAAGAAAUCAGACCUUUUCAGAGACCUAUGCAUUUUUAGCAAGGAUGACUCAUCUCUAUGGAGCAUACUGAUCGAGACUGAUGUCUUUGACUGGAAGCAGUACCUCUGUUUAAGUGUUGACCUGAACCAUAAGGAAAUGAUAAAAAGUGUAGCUUUGAGCAGAGGGGUGCAGGAUGUGAAAAAUCAUGUGUGCUACAUGAUGACACUAGAAGAUCCAUCGAAGCUUUCAAGUGAAAGUUUACCUGUACGAGUGUCGUCACUCAACGAGUCUCACGUCGCUCUGGUGAACAGCACGUGGAAGUUUGGGAUGGAUGAAUUCAGUGAACAGUUCAUCAAAAACAUGAUCGUGAAGUUCCCUUCUUGUUGUGUGCUGGACUCAGAGGGUCGUCCGGUGUCAUGGAUAUUGACCUAUGCCUCCUGUGCAAUGGGAAUGCUGUACACUGUGGCAGAGCACAGACGAAAAGGCUACGCUAAAGCCCUAGUUAGUGUCCUGGCAAAGAAACUGCAUUCAGAGGGCUACCCGGUCUACUGCUUUGUUGAGGAGGAGAACCAGGCAUCCUACAGGCUCUUUACCAGUUUAGGGUUUACUGCAGAUCUGUCUUACAGGGCUACAUGGAUUGAAUGUGAUUAGAUUUAUAACAGUCCAAGAAUGUAAGAAUGUAUAUGAAAAACCUGUCAAAGUUGCUGCAAUUUGUUUAAUAAUAGAAAAUGGCAAAUAAAUAGCAGAAAAAGGGUCAAGUGUUUGAGUUUUAGAGUUCAGUACCUCUCCCAUCCAUCGGCUUCGGUUUGAUCAAUUACCGAAAAGUAUGAUUAACGUAGGCUUGUGAUACCAAGGUAGAAAUUUGAUGAUCACCAUGAUUUAUUAUAUACAGAUUAUCUGUUAAAUGAUAUGAUAUUAAUAUAAUGUAUUGCUACAAAUGUAACUGACAGCGAUUCUUAAAAAAAACAUUAAAGAGCAUCAAAUAACACUGGUUGAUUGAUAAAUUAAAGCUCAUUAAUUUGGACAUUUUACAUAUACAGAAAAAAUGCUUACAUUGAUAUGAUUUUGAUGUCCAAUCUAACAGAGCUACCAAUAAAAUAUUGAGGCUUU